AUGCAGAUCGCGAUUAAUGCCGUUAUCUUGGUCAUCGCUUUUGCGGUGGCCACUAAGCUACUACAGAUUCGAAAAGCAAUCAACCAGUUCAUAAAGAAGUUAGAAUUCGUCAUAAAUGGCAUCAAGCUCAAUACGCCUGCGUCAGAACGGAAGGGGGCGGCCUUUCUCUCUGAUAACUAUAGCAGAGCCCAGCCAUCUUCGCAUCUGGAGUUGCUAACGAGAAAGGAAGUUGAAGGCCGAUUCGACGAGAAUUCUUGGCAGGGUCUUGCGUACUAUGAUUUCCGAAGCACAAUAUCAGCCAAGGGGAGCGGCAUGAAGACCUUUCCUUGCGUAUAUGCAACAAUGGGCUAUCGAGCAAACGAUCAUCGCUAUGUAUUCCUCGAGUCAGAUGAUCCAUCAGAGCCCCAUAAUGUGCGUAAGGUAGCUCUGGCCUUAACAGAGUAUCUACGCAUCUCGACCUCGCUAGGUCCGAAUACGUCCCUCGUCAUCAUCGGUGCCCCCUCUGAGAAGCAACGGACCGUCGAAGAGCAUAACCGCACUUUCUGGGACAUGCUUCGAGGUCUUCGCACUUGCGAUCCAAAAGCGUGGCCAGGGGACAUCCCGCAAGACACAGAGGAUGCUAACUGGACUUUUUGCUUCAACGGAGAGUCGGUCUUCCCGGUCAUGUUGACACCGGCGCAUCAAGAACGCUGGAGCAGACACAUGAGUGUGCCAGUCAUUGCCCUGCAACCGAAGUGGGUGCUGGACAACCUGCUCAGAACUCCUGAGAAACGAAAAGCCGCCCAAAACAAAGUUCGGAACCUAUUGCAGAAGUAUGACACUAUAGGUGUCAGCCCAGAUCUGACUGACUACGGUGCGGUUGGCACUAGUGAAGUUCGCCAGCUGUGUCUGCAGGACAAGAACGAGUCUGUCCAAUGCCCAUACCGUAACUUUAAUAGCUAG